CAAAGUGUAGUGACGGACAUAUUAAACGCAUGCGCAAUGCACGUGCUUACUAUCAUAUAAUAAUGCUUUAUUCAUUUUCUGCUGAUUGUAGUUUAGUUUCUGUGGAAUAUUUCGAAAAUAAAAUAAUACAAAUAAGAAUUAAAAAAAUAUCAAAACACAAGAGUUCACACUGUAUCUAUACUUGAUUUUGAUCUAUUGUAUUCUAGCAAUAAUAACUAAAUUUGAAUAGUGAGAUCAUGAAUCAAAGAUCAAAUUCGGUAGAGAUUCGAGAUUUACAAGAUAUUGUAACACCUUUUGGUGUACGUUUAGCAGGCAUUUAUAAACGGAGUUUUGCUUAUGUAACACUUAAAGACAGAUUACCAGUAAUUUUAACCAAAAUAAUUGAUACUUUCAGUCGUGACAAGGAAAAUAUUAUUGAAAAAUAUGGAGAAAAUGCUAUAGAAGAAGUUAAAAAAAUGAUAGGAUUUAUUAGUAAAUUAAAAAAUGAAAUAGCAACAAAUAAAACUUUAAAACCUAUGCGAUUGGUAUCUAAUAAUUCAAAUAAUGAUGCAGAAGAAUGGAAUAAAUAUUUAAUAAAGAGAACUGAAAUAGAAGGAGAAACACCAUUAUGGUUUAAUACUGUUUGGCUAUAUUGUGAAUGCUAUAUGUAUCGGAUUCUUGCACAAGAACUUGUUCUCAUGAAUUACAUAAAAACUUAUGAUCCUUUUAAACAAUCAAAACAAAAUGCAUUUACAAAUUCCUUGACUAGCAUAGAAAUACUUUGUAGUUAUGUUAUAGAUGUUAUAUAUAGUAAAAAAAAUUUAUCAAUAAUGGAAACUAAAGAAGAAUUUAUGAAAUUUAUUAAGUUUGAUCUUUGGGGUAACCAAUGUGAUCUAUCUUUAAGUGCAGGAGCAGAUGUUGGUCAUGCUACUCAUCCUAUACAAAUAUUAAAAUUAUUAGAUGAAGAUAUUCUUGUAAAUAAUUCAGAAUUUAUUUGGAAUUUAUUGAGAAAACCAGAUAAAAAUAAUAUAAAUAUUAUAGAUAUAAUACUUGACAAUGCAGGAUAUGAACUUUUUACUGAUUUCUGCUUAGCUGCAUUCUUCAUUGCAAUCAAAUUUGCUGAUAAAAUAAGAUUUUACCCAAAACUUUAUCCAUGGUAUAUUAGUGACGCAACAAUAAAUGAUAUUCACUGGACUAUAGAAUAUAUGAAAAAUGCAUCAAAUGAAUGUUUAAGAAAAUUUGCUAAUUUGAUAGAAGAUUAUUUGAACAAUAAUAUAUGGACAAUUGAGAUUGAACCAUAUUGGACAGGUCCUUAUGAUCUUUUAGGGAUGAAAGAACAUGAUCCAAAAUUACAUGCAAAAUUGUCAGAAGCUAAAUUAGUAAUAUUUAAGGGUGACUUAAAUUAUAGAAAAUUAGUAGAUGAUAUUAAUUGGGAAUAUACAACAACAUUUAAAAAAGCAUUAAGAGGAUUUGAACCAACACCUAUCUUAGCUAUAAGAACAGUAAAAUCUGAUGUUUGUGUUGGUUUACUACCUGGUGUAGCCGAAAAAAUAUUUAAAGAAGAUGAAUAUUGGAUGUGGAGUGGAAAAUAUGGACUUAUUCAAAUUACUACAGCUGGAAGUUGCCAAUGUCCAAUAAAUGAAACAUGUUAAAAUUCUAAUAAAUAAAUCCUAAAAUAUUGAAUUAUAAGCAAUUUGUAUAUUGCAUAUUUUUAUAUUAUAUUAUAUUUCAUAUUAAAUGUAUAAUAUUUUCAGUUCUGUUGUAUAUUAAUUAUUGUAUAUUCAAUGUAUAUAAUUAACUAUAUAUAACUUAAUUCAUAAUUACAAACAUUUAAUUAUUAUAUAUUCAAAUUUGAUGAAUAUAUAAAAUAUUUUUAUUUAAAUUGUAUAAUAUAUAAUUCAAAGUAUAAUAGAAAAAUUAUUAAAAUCUAUUCCAAAAUUAUAUUUCAAAAAUAUUUGUUUUCAAUUUUUCAAUCUUUAUGUAUAUAUUUGUACUAUAUUAUACAUUUUAUAUAUCAACAUUUAUUAUACUAAAUAACUUUUCCAAAAUAAUUGUAAUAAUUUAUAUUAUAAAUACAAUAUUGCAUAGAUACAUACAGAUAUGUAACAUAAGAUAAUGAAAUAAAAUUUCAUGUAUUUACUUUAAAAA